UCGUCGGCUAGCCGAUCCCACUUCGUCGGCCUAUAAAAAGAUGUCUCAGAAAGGACCGGACGGCAGUGCCGCCUGCGAAAACGACAUGUCCACGUCGAAAAGCAGCUCGUUGCUCAGGCUGAACCAGGAGGGCCGUCGCGGAUCCGCCGAUUGGCAGGACCAGGACACCGAUUCCGAGAUCAGCGAGACCGAUUUCCUCACCAAGGGCGCGUUCCUCUUAACGCCCAGCCAUGAGCUCAGCAUCGAGAAGGCGGCCACCAUUUGCGAGAAGAUGAACUUCCGUGGCGCGUUCUCCUUGACGAAGACGGCGACCGGUAUACUCUUCAAGUUCAGCAACAUCGACGAUUUUCAGGCGGUCUACAAAAAGGGCUUCCACAAAGUCACCGGGGCACGCUUCUACAAGAAGGUCGCCAUACCGUGCAGACCCGCAAAGACAUUCACCGUCUACGUCCUGGACGUACCCGAAGAAUUACCCGAAGAGGAUAUUAGGCAUGCCCUCUACAAGUACCGGUCCAUAGUCGAAGUUACGCGGCUGCCCCUCAACACCGGCACCGUUCUGAAAGCGAUCAACGACAAGCUGAAAAGCGACGCUCACAACCAAAACGAGCCGGCGACGAUUUACACGGGGCCACCCGUUAUAAGGGUCACCCUGGCCAGCGUGGAGGAGACCUCGAUGCUGCUGAGCCGCGGUCUGGAUUUUUAUGGGGCCACAUAUUUCCCCACCGAAACGCCCCAUCCAGCUGCUCAACCCCUUGCCAAAUACAAAAACAACAGGUGGUUCGAGCUGGCAGCCAUCGGCGCCGGACAAAGAGUCAGAGACUUGCUUCCGGUGUUCGACAACGCGGGCUUCAACAAAUUGUCACCUCCGGCCAGCCGGCUGAUAAAACCGCAAAAAAAUUGACCUACCCGCUGGUUCCCGUUGCCGUCUUCGUAAUACCACGAGCUCCGCCAUCGAAACCCCGUCGAACUCCGGUUAGCACCGUCAAGGAACGGUCCCGAAGGAUCAAGGAUGAGUCGAGGCGAGUCGCAGGAUAUCCUGCGGCCGUGGUAACGAAACCGUUCUGCGGUAACGGUGUCUUAAUCUGACGACCCUACACUGUUGUUAGGCUAACGCGGUAAUGAUCCAGGUAGAACGGUCUCGGCUGCAAACUUUUUAAUGGGCCCAUGUUCGUUUCAGGACAGUUUCGGUAAAUGCCAGUCGCGGUUUCUGUCUCGUGCAUUGAUAUUAAAUCUUUCCACGGGCCAAUUAGGAUGUAAUUAGACACGCGUGGAACUUGCAGAAAUGGGGAUUGGGAAUCUCUUUCAUUAGGAGUUAAUGCGUUUCGCGUGGAGUUGUGUCUGCGUUGUUCUACAUUUUCAUUGCUUUGCUUGAAACGUUGCAACCUCGGACGGCGGACUAUUUUCGCAAUUAUAAAAUCGACGACGUUUAUGACGAUUCUCGACUUCAUUUAUUCGUCUUUCCGAACAUAUUUUUGUUACUUCGUGCGGACUUGUUAAUUUUUGUGUUGUUCCUAGUGUAAAGCUCAUUUGUUUAAUCGAAUUGCCGAAACUUGAUUGAUCAGGUGACGAUUUAAAUAUACUGGGUCAAAACGACCCAGUCAAUGCAGAUCGAAGGUUAAUAUGUAUUGUAAAGUAUACAGAUAUUUGAGAACGAAUUUUGACGCGUUAGUUGACGUACAGAUAAUUUCAUUAUUUAAUAGUUUGCCGCGUCAUCAAAGUAUGGCUGAAGGAAUUAAUAGCUCAGAUUUGGAAAUUAAUAAUUGUAAGGUUAUCCCAUUGUAUGUUGAAUGUCGAAAUUGUUAUUGAUGUUAUAUUAUUUAACUUUUCAAUUUUAAUUCGAUUCUGUAGGAUAUUUGAAUUUUACAUUUUUGAGGCAUGACGGUCGAAGUGUUAAGCAAGAAAAGAUUUCGGACGGUUUUUUCAUAAAAUAUUAUACAAUUAUUUCAGAACAUUUAACAUUUUAAAAGAUCGCGAGUAUUAAU